ACAAUCUCCACCCUCUUUUCUCUCUAUCCUACUAUUUCGUACUUUGAAUAGUCAAGGCUUCCUCGCGUGCCGUUUAGCAAUGGCAUCCAUGGACGAAUACCCGGUCACAAAGGGCUCCGAGGAAGAAAUUCCGCUCGACAAAUUCUCGUUUUCGAGUGACGAUUCAUCUGGGUCCGAAGAAGAUCAGUUCUUACUAGAUGAAGAAAUAGCCACACAAAAGUUGCCACCAGUAGAUAGGGGUGCCGGAGCGUGGAAGUUCCUUUUCGGGUGUUGGCUUAUAGAGGCCGUGCUAUGGGGCUUUCCUCUUGCAUUCGGGAUAUUCCAGUCCCAUUAUUCACAACACUCUCUGUUCAACACGUCAAAAAAUAUACCCACCAUCGGCGCACUCGCUGUUGGAAUUUCCUAUCUCGGUGUCCCACUCACUAGCCCUAUUACGCUCCGCUAUCCGCAGUAUCAUAUUCAUAUCCUUUUCUUUGGUUGGGCUCUCUGCAUUUUAGGCCUUGUCUUCGCCAGUUUCGCGACCCAAACAUGGCACCUCAUACUUACUCAAGGCGCCAUGUACGGAGUCGGAUGGGUCGUAUGCUACACGCCCUUCCUAAUUAUGUUGAACGACUGGUUCUACGACCGCCGCGGCUUGGCCUACGGUAUCCUCUUCGGCGCCUCAGGAGUAUCCGGCCUGAUCCUCCCCUUCGCCCUCGAAGCCCUCCUCGCCCGCUACGACUUCCGCAUCACCCUGCGCAUGUUCGCCAUCAUCGCCAUCCUCGUCUCCGGGCCCAGCUUCCUCCUCAUCCGCCCCCGCAUCCCCGUGCAUCUCCAGCACAAAGCCCCGUCGCCAUCUGGACCCCCAAGACCCUACAACUUCCUCCGCAACCCCCUCACCUACGUCUUCGGCUGCAGCAUCGCCCUCCAAGGCCUCGCCUUCCCCUUACCACCCACCUUCCUCCCCUCCUAUGCCACCGCGCUCACCCUCCCCGCCCCCUCCGGCGACUUCCUCCUCGCCCUCAACUCCCUCGCCCAAGUCACCGGCCAGAUCCUCCUCGGGCACUUCUCCGACAACGUCAGCACCCACCUCCCGCACUCCGUCUCCUCCCUCAUCACCGGCCUCGCCGUGCUCCUCCUCUGGGGCCCCGCGCGCGGCAUCGGCAGCCUCGCGGCGUUUGCGGCGCUGUGGGGCGCGUUCGCGGGCAGCUACAGCGUCAGCUGGACGAAGAUCGCGGCGCGGAUGGCGGAGGGCGAGGAUGAGGGGAGACGGGCUGCGGCGACGAUGACGUUGUAUGCGUGGUUUAGCUUUGAGCGCGGGGUCGCGGAUAUCUUGGCUGGGCCAAUUAGUUCGGUGCUGCUGGGGAGCGAUGUUAGGGUUGGGGAGUUUGGGGUGGGGAAGUGGAAGGGGGUGGUGGGGUUUUGUGGGGGGGUGUUGUUGCUGAGUUCGAUGGGGGGGUUGGGGUGGUUUUGGGAGAGGAGGGGGAGGUGGGGGAGAUGA